AUGUCCAAGGAUGAACAGGUGGACAGCACGGACAUCACUCGUGCUGAGGAGCGUGGCCAAACAGAAGAGCUGCGCAUCAAGAAGGUGCGCAAGAAGAAGGAUGGAAAGACGAAGAAGCAGGUGCAUGAUGGAGAUUCUCAUGAUGAACUUUCAAUGCCAGUGGCCAGGCAGAGCCAGGCGAGCGAUGCAGACGUACAUGGCACGACAUCGGUGCAGGCCGGCCAGAACUGCCUUCUGGGACGAGAGGCUUUCUUUGGCGGUCAGAGGGCGAAGGUGCGAGGUGCGAGUGGCAAGCAAAAAAAGAAGGUGGCAGGUGGCGACCGAGAGCAGGAGCGGGCCAGCGACACAUGCCAGCAAGACUCCCCAUGCAACCGAGUCCGAGCGCAUUUUAGGUGA